UUCCUCUUGGGUUUAGGUCAGCGGCACGGACGGGCAGGAAAACAAGGCAGGAGCCAACUGGAAAAGGGUGUCAGUGCCAGGCAGCUUUUUCCUGGAGCCCAAGGGAUGGAGUAAAGGUGGUUUCAGGGCAUCAGGGCCACUCAAAGUCCCUCUUAUGUGAGGCAAGCUCAGGUGUGAGUGUGGAGUUUCCUAUAGGGAUGUGGCUCAUCCCUUCAGGUUUUGUGAGUGCGGUGCUGAGGAACACCAAGGGUUAAACACAUGACGUUUUUAAAAUAGGAGUUAAAGGGACACUUCUGCACUCCACCUUGGCAUCCAGCCUCUUGUCCUGAGCCCUGUCCUCCCUGGAAGCCUCAGCCUUAGUGCCCAGCCACGCUCUGAAAGGUGUCAUGGGGAUGGUGGUUUUUUUGGCAAGGGUUUUCUGCAUCUCAUCCUUCCCAGAGCACUUUUAGGUUAAAACCUGGCAUUCCUCCUCGAUCCCUGCACUCCCAGUGGCCACCUGGACAUUGCUGGGUGCUUCCCCACAGCAUUGCUCCAACGGGCACUGGGGAUUUGGGCAGGACCCCCCUUCCCGUGCCUGAGCCCUGGGUGUGAGCAGAGGGCUGAAACAACCCCGUCACGGGUACCAGGUGACCCCACUCCCAUCAGCGCAAAUGCCACGGGGGGAACUCAGUUUCCCUGUCACCCGAUCCGUGGCUGCUGGAAUGUCAUCCUGGGUGCUAUAUAAGGGUGGGGCCAAGGAGUCGGCUCUCAGGGUGCUGCCUGAGCAAGGCAGGAGCCAGGAAGCGGUGCCGGGGUCCCUACGGUGAGGCCAUGGGGGGAACACAGACGGUCACCCUGGGGGAGAAGCUCUUACUGAGCCGUUAUGGCUGGGGUGGGAUAGGGAAGGGUGGGAAUUGGUGAAUCCCAUGCUGAGCGAGGAAGCCCCGUGCCUCAGCUUCCCCUGGGGAUGUAAGCGAGGAAAGAGGGCAGCAUAUGGUUUUUGGAUUGUCCCAAGCCAGCGGAAACCACCACGGCACAUCAUCACCUCCGUCACCAAACCUGCGUGAAGCCCCAUCCAGUGCAGCAUCCCGGAUCCUCCACAAACCCUUCCCUCCCCUGCCUCCAGCCCCUCUGCCACCAUGGUGGGUCUGAAGCCCCCUGAGGUGCCCCCAACCACCGCCAUGAAGUUCGUCAGUGCGGGGAUGGCCGGAUGCAUCGCCGACCUCUGCACCUUCCCCCUGGACACCGCCAAAGUGCGGCUGCAGAUCCAGGGCGAGGUGAGGAUCCCCCGGGCCAUCAACUCAGUGGAGUACCGGGGUGUUUUGGGGACACUGAGCACCAUGGUGAGGACAGAGGGACCCCGCAGCCUGUAUAGCGGGUUGGCAGCCGGGCUGCAGCGCCAGAUGAGCUUCGCCUCCAUCCGCAUUGGGCUCUAUGACUCUGUGAAGCAGCUCUACACCCCUAAGGGUGCCGAGAACACAGGCCUGACUGCGCGGCUCCUGGCAGGCUGCACCACGGGGGCCGUGGCUGUGGCCUGUGCCCAGCCCACCGAUGUGGUCAAGGUCCGGUUCCAAGCCAGCGGGGCAAUGCUGGACGGCGCCCGCCGGUACAGCGGCACCGUGGAUGCCUAUCGCACCAUCGCCAGGGAGGAGGGGGUCCGCGGGCUCUGGAGAGGAACGCUGCCCAACAUUGCCCGCAAUGCCAUCAUCAACUGCGGGGAGCUCGUCACCUACGACCUCCUCAAGGAUGUGCUGCUGCGGACACAGCUCAUGGCAGACAAUGUUCCGUGCCACUUUGUGGCUGCCUUCGGUGCUGGGUUCUGUGCCACAGUGGUGGCAUCACCAGUAGAUGUGGUGAAGACGCGGUACAUGAACUCCAGUCCCGGGCAGUACCGGAACGCCCUGAGCUGCCUCCUGGCCCUGCUCAUGCAGGAUGGCCUUGCCGGCCUCUACAAGGGAUUCAUCCCAUCCUUCCUGCGGUUGGGCUCCUGGAAUGUGGUCAUGUUUGUGUCCUACGAGCAGCUGCAGCGUGCGGCGGUGUUGGCACGGCCAGCCCUGGCCUGAUCCCACUCUGGCCCCUCUCACAAUCCCAGAGAGGCUCAGCAUCAAUUAUAUUAAUUGUGGAAACGCCAGGGAGCAGCAAUGCCACUUCUGGAGAGACGGAAGGAGAGACGAUGCUGUUUGAGGAGAAACAUGGGAGAGUAGAAGUUUCCAGAGAGGAGUUUUAGGAAGUAAGAAAAGAAAUUUUUCUAGGUUUUCCAGCUGGGAAGAACAGCACUUCCCAGGGACAGUGAUGUGUGUAGGUGGGACCAAGCUGAGGGAUGGGGGCUGUGGCAAUUCCUGUUAUUCCUUAUUGGCACUUCCAAUAAACCACCCCUAUGGGGUCUG